GCUCGAGCCCGGCGAGGCAGUCCGCGUCGAACACGAACGUUCACGUGCAGCGACCAGAAGUUCCUGAUCCUCCGGAUCUAACAUAUUCCAGGCCAGAGGCCGCCGAUGGCAGAGCGAUGCGCUGGGCUGGCCUCCUCUGCGGGGCCGUGCCGCUCGCCUGCGUCGGGGCGGUCUGCCGGCGCGGCUCGGGUGCGCAGGGCGUUUGCGCCGCGCAGUGCGGUGCGGGGGCUUGCAAGGCGGAGGUCUCUCAACUACUCCAGGAGUUUGGCCUGCCCGACAGCCCGGCCCGGAGCGCGGGCGAGCUGACGCAGGACCACAAGGCGACGGAGGUCGGAGCUCGCGCGACACCGGGCAUGACCAACCCUUCGUCCAAGUUCUCGAUCCGCGAAGCGAUUCUCCAGAGGCACGCGCCGGAGCCGACCGACUACAAGGGCUUCGGGAAGUACUUGGCCCUGACGUACCAACAGGUCCUGAGCCAGUGCCCCUCCUACGCGGCCUGGCGUCAGGUAGAAGGGGGCACCGUGGGCAGCUGGGAGCUGGCCAGGUUUGUCUCGCGGCUCAACAAGCAGGAGGUUCUCCGAGUCAGGGAGGAGAUGGCCAGGGGCCCCUGGGAGGCCCCGACGGGGCCGCAGAAGCCGCGAGGGGGCGCGAGGUCAUCCCGCCGAAGGGCGAUGGACGUGACGAUGGAGGGCGAGCUCGGGGAGCAGGACAGGCUGGAAGCCGCAGCCCAGGAGGAGAAUAACACGAUGCAGUUCGCCCAGCAGCAGAUGCUGACCACAUUGAGCCAGCUCAACCAGCGACUGGAGAAGCUCGAGGGACAGCCGAGUUUCACGAGCGCCAACGGUUUGAACCACACGAAGGAGCUGGAUCCCAGGAAGCAACGCUGGCUUUCGAAGUGCGUCGAGGAGAAUUGCCACGCGGAGGACUUCGACGCGCUGCUAUCCCAUGGGGGGAUCAAGCUCACGCAGGUGGCGCGCCGACGGGCCUCCAUUCUGAGCACCAAGAUGGCGGAGAAGUCUGGAGAAGAUGCAGUCCGGCGAGUCAGUGCCUGGAAUGGCCUCAAACUCGGGACACUUGCUCGGACACAUAAGGCCAGGAAUGCACGUGAUGAGGCUGAGCCUGACCACCUGUGGGUCAGCAUGCGGCGUGGGCCCCUGUCGAACCUCGCCCUCGGCUUCGACGGCGCCAACCCUCUGAGGGCCGAGGCCGCUAGGAAGCGCAGGCUCAAGUCGAUCAAGGAAUAUCAGGCCGCGGUGCAGCUGGUGCACGACCAGGUGGCGCAUGGGAAGCACGCGCGCUGGGAGUGGCCCAUCAAGGGCGAUGGCUGGGGCCGCAGGAUAAUCAGGCAGAUGAUCGAGGACUGCUCGACGAGGGCGGUCAAGGUCGCCGGGGGCCAACUCGGGGUGAAGAACGAGAAUGGCCAGCCUCUGGUCAAGGAGUGGCUGAUCGCCGCUGCAUCCCCGAAGAUGCCGGCUAGGAUGGCCUUGCAGUGUCUCGGAGGCCACCGGCGCGGCGAGCUCACCGGAGGCGGCCUCGCAGCAGCCACGGGGUAUUACACGGGCGAGUUCGCGAAGAGGGCAGUCCGGGCGAUGAUCGAGGAGGCUCCCCAAGACUACCGCGAGUUCUUGAGGUGCCUGGCGGAACUCGAGGCGCUGGAUGGACAGGCGCUAGCCGCUGGGAGAGAAGAGACGUCGACAGGCGCGGGCCCGAGCUCGAAGGAGUACGAGCAGACCAUGCGCUGGCCGACCUUUGUACACCGGGGCUCAGGCCGCAGCUCCAAGACCGUUAUGCCGAGCGCGCUCAGGCGGAAGGGCGCGAGCCAACUGGUGCUGCAGGUGGCCUGGGACUUUCGCCAUGGCGCGUGCGCGGAGGCCGAGCAGCACCGCCCCGCGCGCCCGCCAGUCAGCCUCGAGGUCACCCCCCCGAAGUGGAAGCACAUCCAGUUCGACCAGUUCGAGUGGGGGCACCCCCACAAGAAGAUGAAGUCAAAGUUCUCGCAAUUCACCGGCGAGAGCUGCAGAGUGCGGGUCAGCAAGCUGCUCUGCCAUAUGGUUGGUCAGGACCGGCACCGCAAGCCGGUGCGGGCCGACCUUCAGGACUUCUACGAGAAGCGCUGGCUGCCGCAUUUUGGCAAACCACAGAAGACGAAGGUGGGCCCUGAAGGGGCGCCCGACUUGGACGGCCACGUCUUCGAGAGCGACUUCGACGAGCUGCCCUGCGUCGAGGCUCGGCGCGUCGACAAGGUACGCGGCGAGAACUACGCGAGGAUGUACGCGGCAGGGCAGGAAUACCUGUGGCAGGUCCACAUGCGGCGCAUCAGCCGGGCCGAGAACGCGAAUGACCAGGCGCGAAAGUCCGCGGCGCCAGGCAUGUGGGCGCGCUACUUCCGCAAGGAGAAGGGCGAGACCAAGGGCCGCUUCAAGGGGCUCGCGAGGGUGUUCGCCACAGAGACUGAACGCCCUAUGGGCGACGAUUUGGGACAGAGUGAGGCACUGCGCCCGGGGCGCCCUGGGACAGCGGUCUGGCUGGAUCGGGCAGGGUGGAUCAUCGAGGUGGACCUGCCCCAAAUCCGAGCCGCCUCUGCCCGAGAGAUCGCGUGCGCCGAGCUCAUGGGAGGCAAGGGUGCCCCCUGGGCCAUCAACGCCUUCAUGGGCCCGGCGAUGCGACAGGAGUACCUGGACUUCACCAGGCACGACCCCACGGAGCACGACGUGGAGUUCGCAACUUGGGAAGGAGUUGCUGAUCCAGCACCGCUUCUGAAGAGAGCUCGCACGACUGAGCUAGCCGACGACAAGGGCCCCCAGGUGACCCGGAGGGGCCGGCCUGGCCCCCCCGUGCGGAAGCAGAUCCAUAAGAAGGGGCAGCCCCUUGGAGGCGCUGCAGACCGGGCCAGGACGUCAAGGACAGCGGCCGCUGAGAAGAACCUGGAAGAGCAGGCUGCGCCCAUGGCCAAGGCGACCCCUGAUGCCCGUGCCUUCUGGGCACGGAAGGGAACAUCCUUGGAGGUCUCGAUGGGGCCCCCGGUCGCGGGCAAGGCCUUGAGGCAGGCCACCGGGCACAUGAGCACCUACAUGGCAAGCCAGCUGAGGAAGGGGAAGCGCGAGAUCUCAGAGCGAACCCUCGCCCAGGACGAGUUGGACAAGUUCAACAGGGAGGUCAUGCGUAUGAGGUGGAUCCUGGAGUGGAAGAUCGACGAGAGCACAGGCGACAAGAAAGCGAAGGUGCGGAUCGUGGUCGCGGGCUACAUGGGCCCCGAGUGCGAGCACCGGCCGGCCGCAGCUCCCGCGAUAACACGCACUGCCAGGCACAUGUUGCUGCAGAUGAUGGCGUGGCUAGGCUUCAAGAGGCCGCGCACGGGCGCGUCGAGGCAGCGAUUGAGCGGUUGGUUCAUGACCGUGAGCGAAGCGCUCGAAGAGUUCGGCUGGACCCAGACGAAGAUGGGAUUCAUUGACCCAGAGGUGCUUGACGAGCUGGCCGUAGCGAAGGGUGACCUCGACAUCGCGGCGGUCGCCGGGUCGCACGUGGAUGACUUCUUAUUGGGCGACAAGGAGCUUGUGAAGACCAUUGAGAAGGCCUUCCCGACCCCCGAGCGCAAGAGGAACAAGGACGCGGGGACCGCCGACAAGGAGCAGGGUCAGCUCAGAGCAAUCUUGGGCGCCGUCGGCUGGCACUCCGAGCAGUCUGGCCCAGUGCGCCCGGCUGACGCAAGCCUGCUGUUGAGCAAGAUCCCCUCGCCAACGGCGCAGACCGUCAACGAGACGAACUGGCUGGUCGACCGGGCGCGAGAAUGCGCGGAGCUGCCAGCGGUGAUCCACAGCCACUCUCAGGCCCAGUCGAACCGGCCCGACGGGAAGUCCACCAAGGGCCCGAUUGCAGGUGUGGCCCCGCUGAAGAUCUCGAAGGGUGACGAGACCGACGUGGGCCUGGCGUCGUGGAACGAGACACGGUUCGCUGUGGAUGCGGAGGACGAGCUGUUCGGCAUCAAGCUGCGGCGCCUCGAGAUGCUCGGCAACUCCAUCGACCGGCGCAACCCGGAGGAUGCGCUUGCCAAGCUGCCAGGGGCUGCUGCGGUGGAUGCCAAGGGCCUGUGCGACAAGCCCCAAACUACAGUCUACACCUUCCGCGGCAGGGAGAAGCGGACCGACGUGGAGGCGAUGGCUUGGAAGGAGGGAACCCAGGCCGCCAACAACUGGAUGCUCUGGGCCCACGGCGAUGCUCAACUAGCAGACUCACUGACCAAGGGGCGCGAGCCAGGACAGCUAAGGAUGCACUUCAACAGCGGCCACCGCUGGAAGCUGGUCUACGACGCCAAGUACCAGAGCGCACGUAAACGGAAAGCAGCAGGGAUCCUUCCAUUCGAGAAUGUCCCACUGGAGGUCUUGAGGAGCUCGGGGUCAUCGAGGGGGCCAGCCUCUGGAGCAGGUAAUCUGGAGAUUCCUGAUUACGAGCCCCUCUCGAGUGAUGAGACAGACGAAGGUAGCAGGCUCAGCUUGGAGGGCCCUUAUCCGUGCAGAUCUGGUUCUGAGCAAGCCUGA